UCUUUCCCUCCUCCACAGGUGCUUGUGACCCACACAACCUUCAUGUGGAAAGUAGAACGUGUAUGUGGCAAAGAAGUGGCUCUCUUGUGGGCCACAGGAUCCAGCACUGUCUGAGUGGACACACUGCUCUGUGCUCUGACCCUCUAGCACUAGCCAUGUCCAUGCCCACUGAGGGCACCCCACCACCCCUAAGUGGUACCCCUAUCCCAGUUCCAGCUUACUUCCGACAUGCAGAGCCUGGUUUUUCCCUCAAAAGGCCUGGGGGCCUCAGCCGGAGCCUUCCACCACGGCCUCCUGCCAAGGGCAGCAUCCCUAUCAGCCGGCUGUUCCCUCCUCGGACCCCAGGCUGGCACCAGCCCCGGCCCCGGAGGGUGUCAUUCCUGGGUGACACCUCAGAGACCCUGCAGAGUCCCGGGUAUGACCCAAGCCGGCCAGAGUCCUUCUUUCAGCAGAACUUCCAGAGGCUCAGCCGCCUGGGUCAUGGCUCCUAUGGAGAGGUCUUCAAGGUGCGCUCCAAGGAAGAUGGCCGGCUCUAUGCUGUUAAGCGUUCCAUGUCUCCCUUCCGAGGCCCCAAAGACCGGACUCGUAAGCUAGCUGAGGUAGGCGGCCACGAGAAGGUGGGGCAGCACCCACACUGUGUGAGACUGGAGAGGGCCUGGGAGGAGGGCGGCAUCCUAUACCUGCAGACAGAGCUCUGCGGGCCCAGCCUGCAGCAACACUGUGAAGCCUGGGGGGCCAGCCUGCCAGAGGCCCAGGUCUGGGGCUACUUGCGGGACACUCUUCUGGCUCUGGACCAUCUACAUAGUCAAGGCCUAGUUCACCUUGAUGUCAAGCCUGCCAACAUCUUUUUGGGGCCCCGGGGCCGCUGCAAGCUGGGUGACUUUGGACUACUGGUGGAGCUGGGUUCAACUGGUGCUGGUGAGGCUCAGGAGGGAGACCCUCGCUACAUGGCCCCAGAACUGCUGCAGGGAUCCUACGGGACAGCGGCAGAUGUGUUCAGUCUGGGACUUACCAUCUUGGAAGUGGCCUGCAACAUGGAACUGCCCCAUGGUGGGGAGGGCUGGCAGCAGCUGCGCCAGGGAUACUUGCCCCCUGAGUUCACUGCUGGUCUGUCUUCUGAGCUGCGUUCUGUCCUCACCAUGAUGUUGGAGCCUGACCCCCAGCUGCGAGCCACAGCUGAGGCUCUGCUGGCCCUGCCCAUGCUGAGGCGGCCGCGGCCCUGGAAUGUCUUGUGGUAUAUGGCUGCUGAAGCCCUGAGUCGAGGUUGGGCCUUGUGGCAGGCCCUGAUCACUCUGCUGUGCUGGCUCUGGCAUGGCCUGGCUCAUCCUGCCAGUUGGCUGCAGCCUCCAGGCCCACCAGCCACACCACCUGGCUCUCCACCUUGCAGCCCCCUCCUGGACAGCAGCCUCUCCAGCAGCUGGGAUGAUGACAGCAUAGGUCCUUCACUCUCCCCAGAGACCAUCCUGUCCCGGAUCACUAGGAGAACCUCUACCCCUCGGGGCAGGUGCAUACGAAGGAAUAUCCUGGACCUAACUGACAUGGACUCAGAGCCUCCUAGAGGUCCCUGCCCCACCUUUGAGCCAAAGAACCUCCUCAGCCUGUUUGAGGACUCGCUAGAUCCAGCCUGAGCCUCAGACCCAGCCUUGGUGCUUUUAACCCUCUGAC